AUCCUGGGUUUGGACAGGAUAUAAUGCCCAUUUAAAAUAUUUCCAUUAUGUUACAUUACAUAAUUCUCAAUAAAUUUAAUAGAUUUGUAGUGUUGUAAUUAGUUUAAAACUAUGACUCCUAGUCUGGUCUUUGUACCUUUGCUGAAUUUAUUUUAACCUUAUCAAUCAGUUGCUCCUAUUAAUACUUCGACAGUCAAUUGUUUUAUUAAUAAAAUGAUAAAAACCUGAACCCAAUAUUCGUCAAAAUUAACUAUUUUUCAUCCUUUUUUGUUUUAUCUGAACCAUUCAACAAGAGUUCAGGGGCAAACUAUUUCGUUCUAUUAAUUCUAAAUAAACUGCCUAUUAUAAACCAUAUCAAACUUCCUAUAAUAUCCUAAAUAUACUUUGCAGCAGAAAUGUCUGGAAAUGUGCCAACAGUUUCUUUUAUAUCAGCCUGGACCAAGUUUACUACGACUCAUAGUGAUGAACUUAUUGUGGAACUUUCCAGAUCAAUUAACGAAAUUAUCGCAGCAUUUGAUGUGAAAGUAGAUUACUCACCUUUGUACGAACCACUAUGUGAACUUAUAACUGACAAUUCCAUCUCUAGUCUUCUUCUGUCACAAGCUUUGUCGUUACUCAAUAAACUUGUGGAAGAGAAAGAGAGACGACAGGAGUUAAUAGCUCUGAUACUACCUGCCCUGUCUUACCAAAUCCUUCACAGAUACAGACAACUACCAUCUGAUUCAUUAAUUAAACUGUGCCUGGAAAGUUUGAGAAGUUGUUCCCAAGAUGCCAGAAUUACUUUUGUAUCACAGAAUACAAAUCAGCUGACUCACCUACUCGUCAAAAUGAUACUCAGGAAAGAUGUGAGAUUACUAGAUGAUGCGUUGGCAGUUCUAGCGAGUCUCUGCCGGAACAAUCUCCUCAUACAAGGCUCUGUUAAAUCCAUGGAGAACAUCAGAUCGCUGUACAGCAGACUAAUGGGCUUAUUAGGGGAUGAUAAUAUGAGCGUUAUUGUUCAUUCUCUCUCGCUUAUUACCGCUCUAUGUCUGAACGAGGAUCUUGGGAACAAGCUGUUUGUGGGUAAUGUUGACGGAACCUACACACUGGUAAUGAACAUGCUGAACUCUGGCGACCAGGACACCAAGUUGUAUUGCCUCAAUCUCCUCAUCGACUUCACCAAAUCUGAAACUAUGCUCUCCGCUUUUGUAAAUUGUCAACAAAAUCUUCUGGCGGAUUUGACACAGAACGACCUACUUGAUGGUGUGCCCUGUAUCCGAGAUAAGGUCUGUGAACUGUUACUACACCUCACAACCAAAGACUCAGAUCUUUACACUAGAAUAAUGAAACUAUUCACUGACGAUAUCACGCGGUGUUUGAUAGAUCAGCUUGGUAACGAGGGUAACAGUACUGCGUUGUUAGGGUUACUACACGUGUUACUGCCUGAUCUUUGUGAGAACUCACAAGAUAACAGAGAUAUCCUCGUAAGGAAGCUCACAUCAAACCUCGAGAAUAUCCCACUCCACUGGCGGAGCAAGCAAGGUUACAACACAGUUACACUCUCCUGUCAAUGUCUCAGAGUAAUGCAUCAAGACACACUCUCCCAGUCUGCUAUCUCCUCAUCCCUCCUCUCUCUUCCUGAAUCAGUGUGUUCCUGGUUAGAGAGUGCUCCCAAUCCGUAUGACAAGGAGUCCGGUCCUCUUUAUGGGACUGAUUCGUGCAGAGCGCUGUUGGAGAUGUUAUCUCUGUGUGUAGAAAUAGGACUGCAUGACUACCACACUGUUCUUACUCAACCUAAUCUCCCUUCUUUUAUCGGUAAAGCGAUGCUGAGCGACGACUCAUCACUGAUCAUCAUGGCUUUGAAAAUAAACGCUAUAUGCUUUGAGAAGUCUGGGACCUUCGCUCCCAUGGUAGGUAACAUAAUGGCUCACCACUGCACUAUGGUUAGCUGUGGCUCUGAUACAGCUACUCAAGAACUUCUGGAACUGAAGCGCAAAUAUUUGGAAUUACAGAAGUCGUCUUGUCAGCUAGAAGAAGACCGCUGCCCCUCACCUCCUAUCCCUCUUAACUCACAAGUAUCAGAACUCAUUAACCAGAUGAGGGAUGGACUGCACAUUAAAGAUAUCAGAUCUUCCCAGCUCAUAGAGAUAUUUCAAGAGAAGAUGGCGAUAAUGGCGACCAAGGAAGACCAGUUGAAUGAUCUUGUUGAAGCUAAAACGAUGGCUCUUCAGCAAAGUGACCGACUAUUUACACAGUUUAGACAAAGGGUAGCGCAAGCAGAGAGGGAGUGUGAGAAGUACAGAGCAAUGUUACAGGAGUCUGAAUUGGAGGGUGACUCAAGGAGAGAGGAGAUGUGCAAAUUACUGAAUGAGAAAAACGAGCUUCUUUCCGAGGUUGAGAUAUUGAGAGUUGAGUUAACUGAAAGUACAAAGUAUCAAGAGAAGUACGCAAUAACCUGCGAUCAACUGAACGUGCUCAAGGAUAAAUACACUGUAGCUGCAUCCCUUAAUAGUGACUUGACAGAUAAACUAGAAGGGUUGAAAGAAGAAGUGGAUAUAUUACGCGUACACAACGAAACUCUGAAGAGCCAACAUGAAAGUGAUGUGACACAAGUGCAAGUUUUACAAAAAGAGAAACAGAAAGUGGUAACGAAGCUGGAGGAGAAGGAUAACCUAUACUUAAAGACAAAACAAUCGCUACGACAAUCAGAGGAGAAAAACAGGAAGAAAGAUAAAGAGAAGAUUGAUUUGGACUCUCAGCUUUCUAAAGCUAAAUCAGAAUUUUCCAAAAUUGACUCAAAGUACAAGGAGCUCGUAGAGAAGGAGAAGAUGCAGGGUUGUAAGGUAGUUGAAAAAGAGAAAGCCAUAGAAGCACUGAACAGCGAGGUCACCAAGCAAAAGGAGGAGAUUGAGAAGUACUCAAAACUCAUGGCCAUGUUUCACAAUCUUAGUACUACUAAGAUUGUGAAAUAGUAGCGGCCAGAUCCCACAGAGGUAACUAUGGUUACAGCCGAUCUGCAGUGGUUACUAUGGUUACAGCCGAUCUGCAGUGGUUACUAUGGUAACAGCUGGCCUGCAGUGGUUACUAUGGUAACAGCCGGUCUGCAGUGGUUACUAUGGUUACAGCCGGUCUGCAGAGGUAACUAUGGUUACAGCCGAUCUGCAGUGGUUACUAUGGUUACAGCCGAUCUGCAGUGGUUACUAUGGUUACAGCUGGCCUGCAGUGGUUACUAUGGUUACAGCCGGUCUGCAGUGGUUACUAUGGUUACAGCCGAUCUGCAGUGGUUACUAUGGUUACAGCCGAUCUGCAGUGGUUACUAUGGUUACAGCUGGCCUGCAGUGGUUACUAUGGUUACAGCCGGUCUGCAGAGGUAACUAUGGUUACAGCCGGUCUGCAGUGGUUACUAUGAUAACUGUUUAGACGUAAACAAACCCUGUUUUACAAACGGUGUUAAUUUCGUAAAAGCGCUUUAAAAUAACUUUACUUGUAACUUGUACAGUUUUACAAAAGUAUUGUACCAAUUCUCUAUAUUAAUAGAUUUUAGCUGAUAUUUUUUCAAAGACUGAAAAUUCUUUCAUUACUGAAAUAGUGAAAGUAAAAUGACUAAAAUGUUACUGUUGCUCCUACACGACUAAUGACUUGAUAUUUCUAGAAAUCUUUGUUUUGUUAUUCUGAACUUAUUUGAAAUUGUUCAAACAGUA